CCAGCCCGGCGACCCCCUCCCCACCCCCAGCCCCGGGCGCCGAGCCGGGGCGGAGGAGCCAGGGUUUAACCACCGUCCGGGAGGAAGCGGCCGGGCCUGGGCUGGGAGAGACGAGCUCGUUGGCUUUAUUAUUUUCUUUCUUUCUUUUCUCUGUUUUUAUUUUUGGAGGGGAGCGCCCCGUAAUUGUCGUGAACACAUGCUUCUCUCCUCGUUCUCACCGCCCCCCCUCCAUCCAGCCAGCAGCAAGCAAGAGAGAGAGAGAGGAGAGUCCCCCCUCUUUUGCAUGUGUCUUUUCCUUCCCCCUUUCUUUAUUAAAGGUCCGGGAGUGGCGGCGGCCAAUCGGCGCGCGGCUUCCAUUUUGUGAGCUCAGCUCGGAGGCUCCGGGCUCCCGGGGGCGCGCUGGCAGCCCGGUCCGCCUCUCCGGGCCGGGCGGCCGAGGCGAAAAGAGCCGCCUCGGUGGGGCUUGGAGGUGGUGUGUUUCACGUUGGGGCUCUUUUCGGGGUUUGGAGUUUGGCCUUGGGUAGGUAAUUGGCAGGGCGCGGCAGCCAAUCAGAGCGCGGCUUCUAUCGGGCUUGAGUUAUUAGACGCUGAUCUCAACCCAUCCUUCAUCAGACACCAAGGAGAGGCCAAGAGAUGAGGGAAGCCAUUUUUCUGCAAUGGAAUUAAAUGGCCAAGUGGGUUUUUCCUUUGUUGCAAAUGGGGAACGUUUUUCCUUUGACUCCACCAUCCAGUUUCAGGACGCCUGAGUGUGUUGUUUAACAUUUGUCAGCAGGCUUAAAGGACUCACAGUUGGAAGAAUUGAAGAAGACCUUUUAAAAAGAUCUGGAUUUUUCCUUAUGACUUGGAAUCCAUCUUUGUCUUGUAUAACUAGGUCAUAGCACACCAUUCAUGUCAGCAGUUAACAGUUUUGAAUUCCAAAAAAAAAACCUAAGUAAACGACAUAUUUAAUUUUUUUUUCCUCUUUUUUCUUGGGUGGUUCGGUGGGAAGCUUCGAGCUGUCUUUAAGUCUGUGUUCUCUUGAUUGAACAAUAAAUUUUUAAGUAUAGUUUCCUCUAUUAAACACUUAAACCUGGCCAUCUUAUUAACUCCUCUCUUUUUAACAAGGUAAUGUUUUAAAUGUAUAGUUUUAGGAUUAAGUGAAAUGACAGCAACAAAAAAAAUUGUGAGCAGUUGUUACUCUUUAAAUUGUUUUUCUUUCUUUAAAAAAAAACCUUUUUUUUAUAUUGUAAGUACCCAGUCCAUUCUGUCCUUCUACAGUUUAGUUUUCAUGUUAAUGUUGGCUGAGAUGUCCUUAAUUUUCCGAACCUUCAUCUGCAUGUAUGUUGUUUCGUUUCUCUUGUCUAAUGCUAAGUCAGGUUGAAAUGCUUUUUAGACGCUUUGCUUUUAUAAAGCUAAGGUCUUCGCCUCGAGCUUUUGAGAAUGCCUACUGCAGUAAAUGCUAGUCAGCUUUCUUCCCAGUAAUUUGUACAUGUUCCUUGAAAAUCGAUCUAUUUGAAGAAAAACAUAGCUGUUUUUCUCCUCUUGCCUCGGGGGAGGGGAGGUGAAAGGAAGACCUUCUCUUUGUGUGGAAAUACUAAAGCGGUCACAGGAAACUAGAUUAGAAGUAGAAAACAAGUCCUAGCUGCUUGGAGCCAAACACCUACGAUAGCUCGGUGCUGUUUUUCUAUGGUGGUUUGGGGUGGCUGGUGAGCCUUUUUUGCCUUUGAUUUGACUGUGUGUUUUCGCCUUUUGUCUCUUAAUGACGGUCACACCAUGGCCAUCUAGAGCAGUAAACAGCCCUCCGCGAAGCCGCCUUUUUGCCAACCCACCUCUGGAAAGUUUGCGGACGUGGAAGGAGCAGAAAAAUGCCCCGAAGUGUAACUUACAAAAAGUCACCGCCCAGCUUCAUCCGCUGAGACUGCACGGCGCCGGGCUGAGCGGGUCCCCGGCCCGAGACGGGUGGACUCUGGGAAGCCCCGGGACGGACGGCUGGAGCCGACAGCCCUCGCAGCGAGCUUUGAGCAGGCCUGCUCUGAGCCCACAGCACAGCUCCAGCUCUCCAAGGGAGAAAGUGGGGCUGACUCUGUCUGGAUCCAAGGCCCAGCCUGACGGGAGAAGCAGUUUGGGGGUGCUACAAAGGUGCGUGAUCUUCCUCUCACUCCAAAGCCCCCAAAAUGCCCUCUUUUUUGUGGAACUAUCAGCCCACUCUGUUUUGGAGUUCUAGAGAACCUUGGUCUGACAACUUAACCCAAGAGAUAGCUCGAGCUCUGCUUCCCACCCCCCCACCCCCAAGUCAUGGCUCCUUCCUGGCCAUGCUGAGGGCUCAGAGUUUGGCUGUGGCGGGACUCCUUUACUGACCCCUUCUCCCUGCAGCCUGGCAGCCAGGCUUAAACCCAGUUACUUUGGCAACCUCAGUCCUCCGUCCGUGCCAAACCCAAGGGAGGGUUUUCUAGCUGCAGUACAUUUGCCCAAGCUAGGCAACCACCUGCCUCCAGCAUCCACCCUCCAAUACAUCCCAGCUCGGUACCAGGCCAGCUGCCCCUCUGCCCUUGACAGUGGCCUCGAAUCUGAUCUCACCUCCUAAACUUCAAAAAAACACAAUUGCCUGUCAAUAAACAUGUUGCAAGCAAAGGAAUGGCUGCGUUGC